AUGCAUCACGACCCGGACGCCAAAAUGUUUGACCCGGCGACGCAGAAGAAGACGGUCGACUCCGAUGUCGCGGCCCCGGCCUCUGACAUUGAAAACACCUCCGUCAGCUCGGCAAAGGACAUUUUGGAAAACGAGGGCGAGGACCCCGUGCUCGCAAUGAAAAUGCACCUUGUCAAUGACGCCAACGAUGAAAUUGGUUGGACAAACUUCCACUGGAAGCUCUUCGUCCUCAACGGCUUCGGCUACGCCGUCGACUCGCUCCUCGCCCAGGUCCAGUCCGUCACCAACACGGGUGCGUUCCUGGAGCUGGCCUCACCCUCCACCUACCGAAACGCGGGCACCGUCUCGCUUUACGUCGGCCUGCUCAUCGGAGCCAUCUUCUGGGGCUUCGGCGCCGACAUCAUCGGGCGGCGCAUCGCGUUCAACGUCACGCUGCUCAUCACGUCUAUCGCCACAAUCGUUUCCGGUGCGAGCCCCAACAUCGCGUCGUGGGGCUUCUUCACGGCGCUGUCGGCGUUUGGCGCCGGCGGUAACUUGGUGCUCGACCCGACCGUCUUUCUCGAAUUCCUGCCGAGCAACAAGCAGUGGACGGUCACGGCCCUCGCGCUGUGGUGGGGUUUAGGACAGGCGUUGGUGGGCUUUAUUGCCUGGGGAUUCCUAACCCAGGACCGAUGGAACUGUACCGAGGGCAUGCAUUGCAACUGGUCAAACAACGCCGGUUGGCGAUACGUCUCCUUCACCUCGGGCGCUUUCGUCUUCGUCGCCUCUAUUGCGCGAGUGACCGUCAUGCGCCUUCAGGAGACACCAAAGUACCUUCUCAGCGUUGGCCGCGAUGCCGACUUGGUGCGCAACUACCAAAAGAUGGCGCAAAAGUACAACAGACCGUGCUCGCUCACCUUGGAGAGGUUGGAGGCGUGCGGGCAGAUCAAGAAUGCCGGCCAGGACAGGAACAACUUCAAGUUUGUGCUCCGCGAGCUGGCCGCGCAUGUCAAGGGCCUCUUCUACACCAAGAAAAUGACGCUCAGCACCUCCCUGGUCUGGUUGUCCUGGACGCUGAUCGGUCUGGCCUACCCCCUAUUUUAUGUGUUCCUGCCAUCUUACCUCGCCACACGAGUCCCGGAUAACAAAGAGACGCCAUUCGAGACGUGGCGAAACUACACGUUGACCAACAUCUCUGGAAUUCCCGGUCCGAUCAUCGCUGGUUACCUGGCUAACAUUCCUCACGUCGGCCGCAAGUACACAAUGGCCAUUGGUGCUCUCCUGUCCAUGGCGUUCUUCUUCGCUUACACGGCGGUGACGACUUCUGACCAGAACAUCGGUCUCAGUUGCGCGAUCGCGUGCGCAAUCAAUAUUUACUACGGUACACUGUACGCAUACACCGUCGAGGUUUUCCCAUCGGCCCAUCGUGCGACAGGCAACGGUAUCGCGGUCGCCUUUAACCGCUUGAUGGGUAUCGUGUCUGCCUUUGUUGCGAGCAGCGGCAACACGACGACAUCGGUUCCGUUGUACGUUUGCGCGGCACUGUUUGGAGUCAUGGCGGGCGUUUCCGCUCUGUUUCCCUUUGAGCCCUAUGGCAUGAGGAGUUCCUAG